GCUGCCAUCGAGCCUUUCUUACCAGACGUCCGGCAGUUCAUGGCCAAGGACGAGCAGCGCCAUGUUCUUUGGGAUCAGGUCGUAGAAGCAGAUCCAAGGAUCUUCCGCGAGGUGCCUGUCGAGGAUCCCAUCGCGGAUCAGAUCGAGAAGGCGAUCCGAGUUUCAGCAGUCCAGCCCCGAACUUGGAUGCUGGCAG